AUGAUACCAUCACCCAUCACCAUCACCAUCACCAUCACCAUCACCAUCACCAUCGCCAUCAUCAUCAUCAUCACGUCUGACUAUCUCUGUACCAGUCAAUCCACUUCAAGCUGGAUGGUGAUGCCGAUGACUCCGUUUUGGAGUGUCACCACGCCUUCGUCCAUCUUCUUCUGCCUAGCAUCCCAACACUGGGGCUGGGGCGCAUCCUUGGGUCGUCGACUGCAGCAGACCACUGGUCGAGGCGUCAAGACUCCAGAUGAUGCUCCUACCCACUUUAAGUUGAAGCAUGCGGUUGGUGGUCAAUCCGUCGACCUCUACUAA